AUGAAGGUCCUUCUCAUCGUCGGCCUACUCGCCGUUUCUGCCCUUGCAUCCCAUCACUCUUCCGAUCCAACCAAGGACGGAGAGCAUUUCAAGGGAAAGGAACAUGACAAGAAGUAUGACCACGAACAGUUCCUCGGAAAAGACACCGCCGCCGAAUUCGACGAGUUGACACCAGAGAAGUCCAAGGAAAAACUUGCCAAGCUUGUCCCAAAGAUGGAUGCUGACAGCGAUGGAUUCAUUGAGGAGAACGAGCUCAAGGAUCACAUUAACUUCAUGCAGAAGAGAUAUGUUAACAACGAUGUGGACCGCACCUGGAAGAACUACAAGGCUGAGAAGAUUGUUGACGGAAAGAUCAAGUGGGAGGACUACAGAGAGAUGGUCUACGGAUCUGCUGACGGAGCUGGACAAGAACUUUCCCCAGAAUACGCCAAGAUGAUUGCUCGUGAUGAAAAGAGAUGGGCUGUUGCUGACUACGAUUCGAACGGAGCACUCGACAGAACCGAAUACGGUUGCUUCAUGCAUCCAGAGGAUUGCGAUCACAUGAGAGACAUCGUUGUUGCCGAGACAGUUGACGACAUUGACAAGAACAAGGACGGAACUGUCGAUCUUGAUGAGUACAUUGGAGAUAUGUACAGACCAGAUGACUACCCAGAGUUGAACGGAAAGGAACCAGACUGGGUUCAAUCUGAGCGUGAAAUGUUCAAGGAGCACAGAGACAAGGACGGAGAUGGAAAGCUCAACCAGGAAGAGAUGCGCGAUUGGAUCAUGCCAGUUGGAUUUGACCACGCUGAGGCUGAGGCUCGUCACUUGGUUGGAAUCGCUGAUGACAACAAAGACGGAAAGCUGACUCUUGACGAGAUCGUUGCUCACUACGACACCUUUGUUGGAUCCCAGGCCACCGACUACGGAGAGCAACUCCAGAAACACGACCCAGCCGAGCUCUAA